AUUUGUCAAUCAAUUGAGCAAAAUGUCUGCGAUCUUCAAUGCCAGUCGGGAUAGCAAGACGGAUAUUGAAUAUCAGACGAUCUCCUCGACUGUGAGCUUCCUGCCAGAGGAUCAAACGGAGCGUCUGCACAAUCUCAUAUCCAAGGAUCAGCUAGAUAAGCUGCAUCAGGCCUUCAGCGAGCGUCCCGACUCACAGGUCGGCUUCGGUGAUCUGCGCAGUCUGCUGCUGGAUCAUGACAUCACCUUCAACGAUGCCGUGUACAAACGCCUCUUCCUGAAGAUCAACCAGAAUAGGGACUUUCGUGUCGAUUGGAAUGAGUUUGUCUCGUAUCUGAUCUUUGGCUUCCAGGAGGAGGAUCCCAGCAGCCAAAAGGAGUCGCUCAUUCUGCCCAUUUCGGUGGCGCCCUCGGUGCGAAAGACCGAGCACCGAUCCACUGUGUGCUGUGUGGCUCUGCUCAAGGCCAAGUCGGAUCAGGUGCCCAUCGAGGAGGUCACCGAGACGGUUAACUUCUCCUUUGGCGGCGAAGAUUCCCCCGAAGCCUCGGGCAUGUGGGUGACGGCCAGUCACGAGGGCAUGCUGCGCUUUUGGACCUCCCACAUGGAGCCCAUUCGCACAGCAACCUCGGAGAGCAUUCACCUGAAGAUGCCCACUUGGAUACUGGCUGUGCAGGCUCUCUCGGAUGUCAGCAUCGUGUGCACCUCAUCCACAGAGCGGGAGCUGCGCUUUCACGAGACCAUCGCCUCGACCUUUACGCUGCGUAUGGUGAUCCGCAGCAUGCCCCACGCUGUCUACUGCAUGAGCUAUGCCUUCUACAACAAUGGCAAGGUGCACUCGAAGCUGGUGCUGGGGGACUAUGCGGGCAAUGUGAGAAUUAUCUCAUACUCGCCGCAUCUGCGCGGUCCGUUCCAGGCCAAGCCGGGCGCUGCCCUCAUCGAGGUGGUGUGGACGGACGUGCUGAAGGGCAAGAUACCGCAGAUGAUACCCAAGGAGUACAUCAAUUUGCACAACGAGAUGAUCACCUGUGUCCACUAUUCGCUGCACAUGAACGCCCUGUUCGCCACAGCAGAGUACAGGAACACCAAGAAGUAUCGCGGCCGCUGCCCGGGCAUGAUUAUGGUCACAUACGAUGAGCGUAGCAACUUCCGUGUGCCCUUGGGUGUUUCCACUUUCUUUGUGGCGGAGAGCCACAACAUUGUCGUCACAGGCGGACCCGACACGUUCGUCAGGAUCUGGGAUGUCUAUAUCCCCACAGAACCCUCGGCCAUACUCACCGGUCACAAUGGGGGCAUUGUCACGGUCUUUGUGCAGCCGGAGGAGAACAAAGUGUACAGCGUGGACUACCAGAAGAUCAUCAAAGUGUGGGAUCUGCAGGAGCACACGUUGCUCCAGACCUAUGGCGAGUUGGUGCGUCUCAUACAUCCCAGCGAAACGGAUUUGACUUACUUCUACCACUCGCAUCUGCGCGAGCUCAUUGUGGCCGGUCGCAAGUUAAUCUCCAUCAAGUGCUGUCCACGCGUGCGCGUGGAUCUCACCGAUGGCAACACGCAUGCGGCACCCGUCUCCGUGGUGCUGUACAAUCAUUUAUUUCGGAAUAUCGUCACCUGUGGCCUCGACAGCUACAUCAUUGUGUGGGAUCCAUGGACUGGACGGCGCAAGAUCAUCAUGAAGAACUGCCACACGAAGAUGAUUUACGGCGAGAUCAUUGACAUUGAGAUCACAGCCGCCACCUUCGAUCCACUCGAGCAGUUCCUGCUAACGGGCGCCCGCGAUGGUUCCCUGAAGAUUUGGAACUACAAUAAUUCUGUGGUGGUGCGUAACAUGAGCAUAAUGCCGGAUCAGGAGGUGACUUCAGUCAUUUGGGUGGUGGAUCGCAUUCUGGCCAUGGGCUGGGAUCGUCAGGUAACCGAAUUCAAUGAUGUGGAGGGUCGCGAGUAUGGGGAUCCCAAGAAGUGGUCGAAGUUCCACACGGACGACAUCACCUGUGCGGACGUCAAGCUGGGCGAGGGCGUGGUAACUGCCACCUACUCGGGUGAGGUUAUAUUCUGGAAGCUGGAAACGGGCCAGCCCUAUCGCCGUUACAGCGUCAUGGAUCCCAAACGCUUCAUUGAGCUCAAACUGACCGCCGAGGAGGAGAAGUUAAUGCGUCGCAGCAAGCGUCUGAUGUCUCGCACGAGUCACGGCACCAGUCGCAAUAGUCGGGUGACAUCCUUCACCACCCCAGCUCUGCCCAAGCCAGAGGACACUCGAGAUUAUGGCCAGAAUGUACCAAUUUCCGUACAGGCUGUGCUGUUCCUGCAAUCACGUCCACAGACCCUGCAUCACGGCAGUGUCUUUAUCUCUUUGGACACUGGCUAUAUACAGAUGUAUUCGCAUCAUCAGCGCGGCGGCUACAUGGAUCAGUUCAUGUCUGUCCAUAAGACGGGCGAUUGUGUUCUUACCAUGUGCACAGAUCGCAAGAAUCGUUAUUUGUACACGGGCACAGCUUUUGGGUAUAUCAAGAUCUGGCAUAUAGUCAACUAUUGCGUGCCCGAAGCGGAGAAGGUGCACGUCUGCAUGCCCAAACUCCGACUCGAAUUUAUCUUCCUGCGUAAGGAGUUCUGGGUGACACGGGCCAAGCGUGUGGUGCGACAUCAGCGUGAACCGCUGCUGGUCAGCUCCUACAAGGCGCAUCUGAAGGCCAUCAAUUCCAUUUCAUUCAUAAAUCUGCCCAAGAUUGUGUUUUCUGGCAGCCACGAUUACUCGUGUCGUUUGUGGACACAGGGCGGCCGCUACUUGGGCACUCUGGGCACAGUUUUGCCCUGGUCCAAGCUCACACCCUUUGAGCGUGCUGGGGACGUUAAUCAAGUCUAUCGCCUGCCGCCGGACAUCAAAAAGGUGGCCAGCUCUACGACACUUAAGGUUAUCUCUGGCCUCCAAAUGGAUCGACCCGUCAAGCGUACCGAGGCCAAGGCGCCCGAGGAGCGUGAAGAGCAGACCGCACAGACGGAAGAUGGCUACGAUCUAAAGAAAAUCUUCGAAAAGCCAUUGAAGGAACCCAUUCUGGGCAAGCACUUCACGCUCCCCGGCAAGAGUGUCAUGGAUCAGCGCAUCGAUGUGGACACCACACAGAGCUACAUUGCUGUCUACACGCAUCUGAAGGUGCACAACACGGAGAUGCUCGAACGUUUGCCCACGCCAGCUGUGAUAAGUCGCGUGGCGGCGGAGAAUUACUUGGAGCAUUAUGUGCCCGUCGAGGGCAAAGUGAACCUGAGUGGAUCGGCGCUGAAUAUUAAGCAGCCGCCGCGUCGUCCUGCAUCGUUGCGACCCAAAGAUCCACGGAAUAUGCGCAUGGCCAAGACACGCGGCGACAUGGGUCCCGGGCCGAGUCCCAGUCAGCAGAGUCAGUAGUCCGUUGCCUCGGGUAUAAUUUAUGUAU